GGAGACUCCCAGGAUGAAGCUGCUGUGAGGAGCUUGAGGAGCCAGCACACAGGCUUUCAGGGCUCCCUUUCUGAGUGGAAUAUAGUAUUGGAGUCUGCAGGAAAAAUGACUGUGGGAUUUGUACUGCUUCCCCCUCUGCUGGGGAGGACUUUGCUUACGCUGCUGGUGGUGGCUACCUUUGUUCAAUGCCAUUGGCCCAGUGAACCUUCCGAAGUUGUACAGGACUGGGAAAACCAGUUAGAGGCCUCCAUGCACUCUGUGCUGUCAGAUCUCCGUGAGACGGUCCCAGCAGUGGUGGGGAUUCCAGACAGCUCUGCUGUGGUGGGACGCUCCUUCAGAGUCACCAUCCCCACAGAUUUAAUUGCUUCCAAUGGAGAAAUGGUGCAGAUAUCUGAAGCGGGGAGAGACUCCUUGCCUUCUUGGCUGCAUUGGGAACCGAAGAGUAGCACCUUGGAAGGUCUUCCCCUGGAUACUGACAAGGGUGUGCAUUACAUCUCAGUGAAUGCAGGGCAGCUGGAGCCCAAUGGAAGUUAUGUGUCCCAGACCACCAAUGUCUUUUCCAUUGAGGUUCACCCUGAAGACCAUAAUGAACCUCAGUCAGUACGAGUGGCUUCCCAAGACCAGAAUGAGGCAGCACCAUUCAUGUGUGGCACAGAGGAACCAGUCACAAUCCUGACUGUAAUUUUGGAUGCUGACUUAACAAAAAUGACACCAAAGCAAAGGGUUGAACUUUUAAACCGAAUGAAACGUUUUUCAGAGUUGGAACUUCAUAACAUGAAGUUGGUUCCUGUUGUAAAUAAUAGACUCUUUGACAUGUCAGCCUUCAUGGCUGGGCCAGGAAAUGCAAAGAAGGUGGUGGAAAAUGGGGCCUUACUCUCAUGGAAAUUGGGAUGUUCUUUGAGCCAAAAUAGUGUUCCCAACAUCAUCAACGUUGAAGCUCCUGCUAAAGAAGGUGCCAUGUCUGCCCAUCUUGGCUACCCUGUUGUUGGCUGGCACAUUGCUAACAAGAAACCUCAUCUUCCUAAGAGGAUAAGGCGGCAGAUCAAUGCCACCCCUACACCUGUCACUGCCAUCGGGCCACCUACAACUGCUAUCCAGGAACCACCAACCAGAAUUGUUCCCACCCCCACGUCCCCAGCCAUUACACCACCCACAGAAACAACAGCUCCUCCAGUAAGAGAGCCUGUACCGUUACCUAGGAAACCUACAGUUACUAUUAGAACAAGAGGAGCCAUUGUUCAGACACCAACUCUAGGACCAAUUCAGCCAACCAGAGUAGUAGAAGCCACCAGUACUAUCCCUGGGCAGAUUCGCCCAACGGUGACUGGAUAUGUAGAGCCUACUGCUGUGGUUACACCACCCACAACCACUGCUAAGAAACCAAGAGUCACCACGCUGAAACUAGGCACACCAUCAACAACAGAUUCCUCUACAGCUACAACUCGAAGGCCUACCAGAAGACCCAAAACUCCUCGACCUACCAAGCCUCCUGGCACGACCAGAUCACCAGUCACUAAGUUGGAAACCCCCUCUCCACCAACCCGCAUACGCACUACUAUUAGUGGUCCUUCCCGUGUGUGGGAGCCAAAUGAGCCGCCAAGGCUGACAAACCACAUUGACAGGGUGGAUGCAUGGGAAGGCACUUACUUUGAGGUUAAAAUACCUUCCGAUACAUUCUAUGAUAAAGAAGACACAACCACGGAUAAACUGCAAUUGACUCUAAAACUGAAAGAACAGAAAAUGGUGGAAGAAAACUCCUGGGUCCAGUUCAAUAGUACUAGUCAACUAAUGUAUGGAAUGCCUGAUCACAGCCACAUAGGGAAGCAUGAGUAUUUCAUGUACGCCACGGACAAAGGUGGUCUCUCUGCCGUGGAUGCUUUUGAAAUACAUGUUCACAAAUGGCCACAUGGGGACAAGUCUCCAGUUAAAUUCAAAGCCAAAUUCCAUGGAGACCACAAUGCAGUGGCCAGUGACAUCAAUAAAAAGAUUCAGUUGGUAAAGAAGCUGGCUUUUGCAUUUGGCGACCGGAACAGCAGCACAAUUACCUUACAAAACAUCACCAAGGGCUCCAUUGUAGUGGAGUGGACAAACAACACUCUGCCUCUGGACCCAUGCCCGAAAGAACAGAUCAGAGCCUUGAGCAAAAGAAUCUCUGAUGACUCUGGUGGUCCUAGCCCAGCCUUCUCCAAUGCCUUAGAGCCCGAGUUCAGGCCCAUAAAUAUUUCUGUGGUUGGCUCCGGCAGCUGCAGGCACAUUCAAUUUAUUCCAGUGGCUAGAGAUGGCAGGAUUAUCUCUGAAGCCACCCCAACAUUGUUGGCAGGUAAAGACCCCGAGAAGAGCAGCGAGGAUGACGUGUACCUGCACACUGUGAUCCCUGCUGUGGUGGUUGCUGCUAUCCUGCUGAUCGCUGGCAUCAUCGCCAUGAUCUGUUAUCGAAAGAAGAGAAAAGGCAAACUCACCAUUGAAGAUCAGGCCACCUUCAUCAAGAAGGGAGUGCCGAUCAUAUUCGCAGACGAGCUGGAUGACUCCAAGCCUCCCCCUUCCUCCAGCAUGCCCCUGAUCCUUCAGGAGGAGAAAGCCCCUCUUCCCCCUCCAGAGUACCCAAACCAGAACAUGCCAGAGACCACCCCCUUGAACCAGGACACUAUCGGGGAAUAUACUCCAUUGCGGGAUGAAGACCCCAAUGCACCUCCAUACCAGCCUCCCCCACCUUUCACAGCACCCAUGGAGGGUAAAGGCUCCCGCCCGAAGAACAUGACCCCCUACAGGUCUCCACCUCCAUACGUUCCCCCUUAA